ACAUUUCGAUAUUUAAACCGAUUUCCAAAAACGCUCGUGGAGAAAUCGUCUUCUUCGUCUUGGAACUUCUUCACUGAAACGCGUGGGGAGAAACUUCUGCGGAUCUGAAUCAUUUUGGCUGAAAAUUGAAGGAAGAAGAAAUAUGGGUUGGAUCGGUGAAACAGUAGAUUCAAUCAAAUCCAUCAAGAUCCGUCAGCUUGUCACUCAGGUCGUCACGCUCGGUAUGAUCGUUACGUCUGCAUUGAUAAUAUGGAAGGCGUUGAUGUGUGUGACUGGCACUGAAUCCCCAGUAGUGGUUGUUCUCUCAGGAAGCAUGGAACCUGGAUUUAAGAGAGGGGAUAUAUUGUUCUUGCACAUGACCAAGGAGCCCAUUCGGGCUGGCGAGAUUGUUGUUUUCAAUGUUGAUGGUCGUGAUAUUCCAAUCGUCCAUCGUGCCAUCAAAGUUCAUGAGAGGGAAAAUACUGGAGAAGUUGAUGUUCUAACAAAAGGUGACAACAAUGACAUCGAUGACAUAGGUCUCUAUGCUGAAGGACAGUUUUGGCUUCAUCGGCACCAUAUAAUGGGCAGAGCUAUUGGGUUCUUGCCAUAUGUUGGAUGGGUGACUAUUAUCAUGACAGAACAACCUAUCAUCAAGUAUAUACUUAUUGGUGCAUUGGGUUUGCUCGUUAUAACAUCUAAAGACUGAGAUUACAUUCAAAAAGAGCUGGUCAAUUGGUGGGGAGGUGGCUGCUUCUGCAACUCUCAUCAUCCUUUUCUAGCCAUUUUCUUAAACAUAAGAACAAAACAAAUUUUAUAUUUAAACUGUAGAAUCCUCUAAGCCAAAUUUUAUAAUUAUACAGUUUUAGCUUUCACU